AUGUGCGCCAGUCCAAUAAAGUCGAAAAGCAGUUCGUCAGAUGCAUCAUCAAACAAUCAACAAACGCCAGAAGUAAUGAACAGUUAUGGAAGAGGAUAUGGUUAUGGAAGAGGAUAUGACGAAGGUCCUAGAAGUCCUGUCAAAGAGAAUGGAUUUAGGCAUCUGUCUACGGCUUUUCAAAAGCGUUUCUUUGAUCAUCCAUUAUGCAAGACACGUCCAAAUGGCCGACAUGCGAUGGGUGAAUGUCUUAAUAAAUGUUUACUAUGUCUCGACGGUAAAGGUACUGAGGUGAGAUGCGCUAACAAUCACGUCUUUGAUGAGCAAAAGAAGAGAUGUGUCCCCAUUCGAGAGCAUCAAAAGUGUUUCGCAGCUGCGCAGAAGCAAUCGACUCCAACGGAAAUUGCAACCGAAGAGCAAUACAAACCGAAAGAAGAGAAUUUCGUUCCAACCGUACAAGUUCCUGAGGAUCAUGCACGAACGAGUUGUGCAAUGCUACCGGAUGGUGCUCAUGAGUUGCUCAAAUGCCACCACAGAUUCGUUCUAUGUUCAAAUGGUGUGACAUCGCUGACAUCUUGUUCAAAAGGAUUGGUGUUCAACGGUCUAACUGGUCAAUGUGAUUAUCCUGAGAACGUUGCGUCAUGCAAUGCGAGAGAGCCGAUUACAACCACUUCCACGACCGUAACAGCCGGAAUUUUAUCAGUUGGCGAAGAGGAGAGUAAAUGUUCUAAUAAGGCUGACGGUAUGUAUGUUGAUCAGUGUUCUGAAGAGUAUUACGUUUGUUCAAAUGGAAUGAUAUCGAAGUUUGUGUGUCCUGUGGGAUUGGUUUAUAAUACUGAGAGAUCGUACUGCGACUAUAAACAGAAUGUGCGGAUAUGCGGUGCAAAUGGCAUGCAACAGCAACAGCAAGCAAGCACUACGACGACUGCACCUCCAUUCAUGUUCUUGCGAACAACAUGGACCACAAGAACACCAAUUUUGCAAGAUAAUAAACUAGGCGAACAAGGUUGCUCAGUGCUACCGAAUGGACCACAAGCUCUCGGCAAUUGUCUCCCGCAAUAUAUGGUUUGUUCGGAGGGCACCACACGUCUUGCAAGCUGCUCAAACGGUUUAAUCUUCAAUCGCAAGACUUCACUUUGCGAUUACCCUCAGAGGAUUCCUCCAUGCGCUGGGCUAUCUGACGCUGCUUCGGGCAAUACGUUGCAGUCUGAUGCGUUACUGACAGGAGGUCAGAAAUUAGUUUCAGAAAAUGCAAAGUGCGAGAAUCGUGCAGAUGGUCUGUAUUCAGUUGGUUGUUCCCCAUCAUACUUUAUGUGUUCGAAUGGCAAGACUAACGAAUUCAAAUGUUCUGCUGGCCUCUUCUUCAAUAUCCAAUUAUCAGCUUGUGAUUAUCAAAACAACAUUCCAGCUUGCAAUCAAAAUGUUGCAGUUGGAACAACAGAUGUGCCAUUUGCGGCCGAAAGCACGCAAAAGAGCGUCUUCCCAUCACAAGAUAUUCAACCGUCAUCCGCAUCAAUUGUCGUCGGUGGAUGUUCCUCGAAACUGGACGGUAAUUAUCCUGAGAGUGACUGCUCGCACUCAUUCUACACUUGUUCGGUUGGUAUUAGCUUUCUUUUAUCGUCAUUUCUUGGGUCUGCGUUAUAUUUCAGUGGCAUAAAAACGAAUUCGUUCGACCAUCUCUAA